GAGCUACACAGUCUUAAAGCUAAGUUUGCCACUAACAAAGACACAGGAAUCAACUGUGGGGGAGUCCGUCUCUGGUCCAAGCCUGUACUGGUGCCUGUCUGCAAGCCUUACUCCUGCAUUACAGCAACAUUUUGUGUUUGUUGACAGUUUUACCAGAGGAUAGACUAAUAGCUCAUCAUGCAGUCCUGCGCCAGGUGUGGGUUCGUGGUCUACCCAGCAGAAAAGAUCAACUGCAUCGAUCAGAACUGGCACAAGGCGUGUUUUCAUUGCGAUGUCUGCAAAAUGGUCCUCACUCCUAAUAACUUUGUUAGCCACAAGAAGAGGCCGUAUUGCUCUGUGCACAAUCCAAGAAACAACACAUUCACGAGUGUUUACAAGACCCCCAUCAACAUCAAUGCAAAGAAGCCACGCAAGUCUAGCAGUGAGCUGAAGUAUCGUGAAGAUGGCGAACCCUUUAUGCCCAGCUUCCACUGUGACAUGACAUCCAUGGAGUUGCAGAAGGCUCACCUAGCCAGUCAGACGGUCAGCCAGGCCUUUCAGUCUCAAUCUGAGUUCUCGCAGCAGCAGACCUGGUAUUCAGGGAUGGUGACCAGCCAGGAGAUGGUGACGAUGUCUGAGGCACAGAAGACCAUCAGUGAUGUAAAAUAUAAAGAAGAAUAUGAACAGUCAAAAGGAAAAGGCAGCUUCCCCGCAAUGAUCACACCAGGUUAUCAAGCUGCAAAGAAUGCCAGUACUUUGGCCAGUAAUUUGGAAUAUAAAAAAGGGCACGAGGAAAGACUUUCAAAGUACACAACAUUUGUUGAUCCUCCAGAGGUGCUUCUGGCCAAGAAACAGGCACAGAUUGUUAGCGAUUAUGCAUACACAGAGGAAUAUGAUCAACAGAGGGGGAAAGGCAGUUUUCCUGCACAUCUUACUCCUGGAUACAAGGUUUCAAAGAGGGCCACAGAACAGGCCAGUGAUAUUAAGUAUCGACAGAUGUACGAGCAAGAGAUAAAGGGUAAAGCCAGCGCUGAAGCAGCAGUCGCUGAGUUGGUUCAUGCAAGAGAAAAUGCAGAAAACUUCAGCCAGAUUGCCUACACUGAAGAAUAUGAGCAGCAACGAGGUAAAGGAAGUUUCCCUGCCAUGAUCACCCCCAGUUAUCAUCUUGCUAAGAAGGCUCAGGAAAUUGCUAGUGAUGUAGAGUAUAAGAAAGACCUGGAGAACACCAAAGGCCACAGCAUUAACUUUUGUGAGACGCCACAGUUUCGAAAUGCUGCCAAAAUUGCUCAGUUCACCAGUGAUAACAAGUACAAAGAAAAGUACACCAGCGCUCUGAAGGGCCACUAUGAAGACUCAGGAUUUGAUAACAGGACUUUGCACGCCAUGAAAGCGAGGAAGCUAGCAAGUAACAUUGCUUAUAAACAAGGUCAGGAUCAGGAGCAGGGUGAAUAUAACUACCCAGCCACUCUCACACCAGGCUACCAAAGCCAAAGGAAGCUGGACCCACUGAAGGAUAAGAACUACAAGCAACACAUUGACCAGGUCAAGUACAAAUCUGUGACAGACACACCUGAGAUUGUUUUAGCCAAGAAAAACGCUCAGUUGGUCAGCAAUCUAAAUUAUAAAGCAGGUUAUGAAAAGACGAAGCACCAGUACACUUUUUCUCAGGAUCUGCCCCAAAUCCAGCAGGCCAAAGCCAACGCAACUUUGUGCAGUGAUAUUAAAUACAAAGAAGAGUGGGAGAAGACCAAGUCCAAAGCUUGUGAAACGGGUGUGGACGACCUGAGUGUGAGAGCUGCCAAAGCUUCAAGAGACCUAGCCAGUGAUAUUAAAUACAAAGAAUCCUACAUCAAAAACAAGGAAAAGGCAGUUGGGGUCAACAUGAGCGACUCUGCGACUCUGCACUCUCUUCAAGUGGCCAAGAUGAGCAGUGAUAUUGAGUACAAGAAAGGCUCCAAGGAGAGCCAGGCCCACUACAGCCUUCCUCUGGACAUGAUCAACCUGAGCCACGCCAAGAAGGCUCAGGCCCUUGCCAGUGACGUGGACUAUCGCACGAAACUUCACGACUACACCAUCAUGUCUGACGACAUCAAAGUCCAGCAGGCCAAAAAGGCUUACUCCCUGCAGAGUGAGAACCAGUAUCGGUCAGACCUAAACUGGAUGAAGGGUGUUGGCUGGGAGACUGAGGGUUGUCUCAACAUUGCUCAGGCCAAAAAAGCUGGAGAGCUGCUUAGUGAUGUCAAAUACCGGCAGAAGGCCGACAAAAUGAGGUUCACCCACGUGGCGGAUGAUCUUUCUAUUAAACACGCCAAGAAGAGUCAGGAGCUGCAGAGCGAUCUGGCGUACAAAGCAAACACAGAACAGAUAAUUCACCAGUACACCAUCACAAAAGACGAGCCGCUUUUCAGACAAGCAAAAGCAAACGCUGACAUGCUCAGCGGGAAAGUGUACAGGAGCCAGUGGGAGAAGCAGAGGGAAAAGGGCUUUGAGCUUCGUUUGGACUCUCUAUCGAUACUUACAGCAAAGGCUAAGCGAGACCUGGCCAGUAAUGUUAAAUACAAGCAAGAGUAUGAGAAAAGCAAAGGCAAGGUGAUCAGCAUUAAGUCAGUCAGUGACGACUCUCAGAUGGCUCAUUCUGCUCUGGCCACCAAACUUCAGAGCGAUCACAGCUACAGGAAGAACUACGAGGACACUAAGACAAAAUACAAUGUGUCUCUGGAUAUGAUGAACAUCAGCCAUGCCAAGAAGGCCCAAGACCUCGCCACGGAUACUAAAUACAGGACAUUCCUCCAUGAAUACACCACUCUGCCGACGGACAUGAGUGUAGCCUGGGCUAAGAAGGCCUACGAGUUACAGAGUGAUAAACGGUACAGAUCGGACCUUAACUGGAUGAAGGGUGUUGGCUGGGAAGGCUCAAAAUCUCUGGAUGUUCAGCAAGCGAAGAAAGCUUCAGAACUGGCCAGUGAGAAAAAGUACCGUCAGGACGUGAGCUCUCUGAAGUUUACCAGUGUUGAAGACACUCCAGAGAUGACCCAGGCCAAACUCAGCAACAAACUGGCUACUGAUAGAUUGUAUAGAGAGAAGGGAGAAAACAUAAAGCACAACUAUACAGUGAGUGGAGAGCUCCCAGAGUUGGUGCAAGCAAAGAUCAAUGCCAGAAACAUCAGUGAGAAUCAGUACAAGGAAUCCUGGACAAAGUUACGUGAUGGAGGUUACAAGCUGCGUCUGGAUGCAAUUCCUUUCCAGUCUGCAAAAGCAUCUGCGGAGAUCCUAAGUGAUGUAAAGUACAGAGAAGAAUUUGAGAAGACCAAAGGGAAGAUGAUUGGACUUAAGGGGCUGCAGGAUGACCUGAACAUUUCACAUUCAGUUCAUGCCAGCAAGCUACAAAGUGAUAUUAAGUAUAAGAAGGACUCAGCGAAGCAGCUCUCGAACUUCCACCUGUCCAUGGAUAUGAUUGAGGUUGCUCAUGCUAAAAAGGCCCAGUCUCUCAUCAGUGAUCACGACUACAGGCUCUCCUUGCAUCACUACACCUCAUUGCCUGAUGACAUGAAGCUGCAGGCUGCCAAGAGAGCAUAUGAGCUGCAGAGUGAGAGAGUGUAUCGGUCUGACCUCAAUUACUUGCGAGGUGCAGCCUGGAUCGCCACCGGAGCGCUGCAGAUUGAAGAGUCCAAGAGAGCCACAGACCUCAUCAGUGAUAAAAAGUACAGACAGCAGCCGUACAAAUUCAGGCACACUUCAGUUGCCGACUCCCCAGAUAUCCUCCAUGCUAAACUCAGUGGACAGAUCACAAAUGAACGUCUGUACAAAGAAAAGGGAAUAAAUGACCAGCACAGCUACACCAUUACAGCUGAGAGACCAGAGAUCACACAAGCAAAGAUAAAUGCCUCCAACUUCAGUGAGGUAAAGUAUAGAGAGUCCUGGCAUGCUCUCCGAGCUCAGGGCUACAAGCUUACAAUGCAGGACAUCCCCUUCCAGGCUGCCAAGAGCUCCACAGGCAUCGCCAGCGACUAUCAAUAUAAACACAACCACCUACUGGAAAAGGGGAAACAUAUUGGAGUCAGGAGUGUUACAGAGGACCCCCACCUAUUGCACUGCCUGCAGGCUGGCCGGCUGGCCAGCAACCAGGAGUACCGCAAGGAUGCUCUGUCGGCCAGUGGCCGGUACCACCUCACCCCGGACAUGAUCCAUCUGGUGGCGGCUAAGAGCGCUCAAGCCCUGGCCAGCGAUCAGGACUACAGGAAGAGGCUGCACGAGUACACGGUGCUUCCUGAUGACAUGAAGGUGAAAUGGGCCAAAAAGGCUUACAACCUGCAGAGUGAGAAACUCUACAAGUCAGACCUGCGUUUCAUGAAAGGAGUGGCGUGGGACGGCGUGGGAGCACCUCAGCUGGAGGCGGCUAAGAAGGCAGGAGAACUAAUAAGUGAUACGAAGUACCGUGAGCUGCCGGACAGAAUCAAGUUUACAUCAGUGGCCGACUCUCCUGACAUUGUCCACGCUAAGAAGAGCUAUCAACAGUGCAGCGAGAGGCUGUACAAAUCUGGAAAGAAUGAUGACAUGCAUAAAUACACCUUACACCCAGACGAUCCAGACUUUGUCAGAGCUAAGAUCAAUGCUCAGCAGAUUAGUGAUAAAGUUUACAAGGCAUCUGGAGAGCAGGUGAAGACGUCAGGCUAUGACCUCAGGUUGGAUGCUAUUCCCUUCCAAACAGCCAAGGCCUCCAGAGAAAUUGCCAGCGAUCUCCAUUACAAGGAGUCCCACCUGAAGGAGAAGGGCCAGCAGGUGGGGCUGCGCUGUGUGGAGGACGACCCUAAGAUGGUCCACUCCCUGGCUGCCAGCAAGCUUCAGAGCAACCUGGAGUAUAAGCGUCAGUCUAAGGAGGAGCACGCCCAUUACAACAUACGGCCAGAUCAGCCCGAGUUCCUGCUAGCCAAGAAGAGUCAGGCCCAGGCCAGCGACAUCACCUACCGCCGCAAACUCCACGACUACACCUGCGACCCCGAGCAGCUCACUGUCAAGCAUGCCAAACAGGCCUACAAGCUGCAGAGUGAUGUGAACUACAAAUCUGACCUGAACUGGAUCAGAGGAGUGGGAUGGACCCCUCCUGGCUCCCACAAAGCUGAACUGGCCCGCCGGGCUGCAGAACUGGGCCUAGCUGAGGGGGUUACCACUGAUGAGGCCAUUGCAAAGUACCAGCAUAUGAUGAUGCUGCAUCACCAGCAGCAGCAGAAACAGCAAGAAACCUCAGAGCAGGUGGGGACCAGUGAGGAGAUUCAGAAAGGCAUCAACAUGGAUGCAAUGGAGGUCCUUCACGUCAAAAAAAAGAAGACCGUCCAGAAAAAAUCCUCCACAGUCACAUCGAUCCGAUCCAUGGAGAAGAAAUCCAGCUCCAGCUCCUCCUCAGCAGCUGCCAUCCAGAACACAGUGAAAACAAACAUCUCUAGUAAAGCUGCAAUAGAAAAUGCAUAAAGAUUUUAUUAUAAAUAACAGCAUUUAGUGUUUAGUGAAAUUAACAAUGUGUGAUUAAUUUUUCAAAAUUGACAUGAUGAAAUGAAGUCUUGCUGUAGCUGCAAAGAAGGACAUUAAUCACAUUGAAGCAGGGCUGGAUUUGAAAUGUUGGCUAAAGAGUUAAUGUAUGUGUUAAACAAAAUGGAUUUUUGGAUAUUUCAGGAAUUUGACCAGGAAACUGAGCUCAAAUGUUGCUGGAAGGACAUUAAACUGAAGGAAAUAUUGAAACCGAAGUUUUUGAUUUAGUUCGUUAGGAAGUGAGAAAGCAGGACCAGCGUUGGUUUUGUGGCCAGCAGUACAGCAUUUUAUCUUCACUAAAUAGCAAAUGCUGCAGGUGAACACUGCACAAAAAUCCUCAUGGUAGCCCAAGUUUGAUCAUGCAGUGCACUUUGAGCAAAGCUCAGUUACCCAGAAAAAAAACCUACUGAAAUAAGGAUCUACUUUUUGUCUGGCAGGUUCAGCUUUGUGGGUUUGUAGCGAUGUUUUUUGUAACUCAAAGCUGGGCUGAGAGUAAAUGCUUGCUUUAUUGAUAUCCCAAUAAAGUUUUUUCAUUGCAAACUUA